CGUGUGUAUAUGAAUUAUCCGAAACAGCCCACUAAAUCGCGCUUAUAUAAUACAUGCGUACAAAUAGGUCCUAGAUUCAAAAACAUAAAGGUCCAUACCGCGGGGGCUUCGGUCCGUUCCCUACGCUACCAUCACAGACCCCAUUGAAAAUCACAAUAAUGGGUCGCACCGCGAAAUUUUCAAGGCCAGAUCAACAAAAUUUGGGUCACAACUCUAGCAGUAAUCAAUUAUUUUUGUAAUAUCCAAGUAGAAGAUUUGCUAAUCUACAAAGAUGCGCACAAUAAUAUGGAAUUUCUUCUCCUAACAAUCUUAAGUCGUGUAGCUAAUGAAUAAUAUUAAGAAAAAAAAAUUACUUAUUCCAACAAUAUGUACCAAAAAAUUAUGGAGUAUAUAAAAAAUAAAAAGACCUAAGUAGUACUAUGCUUUUAAUUCUAAAUACUUUGUACAUCGAUUAGCCAAAGGUUAUCUAAGUAUAGCACAUGCACUACGUAAAAUAAUUAGGAUUCCAACUAAUUAAGGCCUAAUUUAGAUCCAAAAUAAAAUUAGAAACUACCACAUGCAUUAAAUAAUAUAUAUUUAGAGUAAUGUUUGUGUAUUUAAUCACGAUCCAAUAUAACAUGCAACCUAUAUUCCUCCAUAUAUAUAGCACUUUACUAUUGCAAAGUUUUCAAAAAAAAUUAAAACAUUCAUCAAUGGCUUCUAUUUCCCUAUCUAAUUUUUCUUUCUUUCUUUUACUAAUAACCUUAUCUUUUUAUUCUUCUUGUGAUGCCCUAACAAAAUGUUGCAUCACUUCACUUUUCCAGCUCGGCGAUUCUAUCGCCGAUGCUGGAAAUGUGAUCCGUAUACCCGGUGCCAGCCUCUUGGCUCGGGCCUACGGACCACCUUAUGGUGAAACCUUUUUUAAUAAACCUACGGGGCGCUUUUCUAACGGUCGUAUCAUUGCUGACUACAUUGCCUCUUCUCUCAACCUCCCAUUCCUUAAUGCUUACUUGGACAAAUCGGGCGUUUCGUUUAGUCAAGGUGUCAAUUUCGCUGUGGCUGGUGCCACGGCGAUGAAUACCUCUUUUUUAGCUGAGAGGAACGUUGGAGUGGUCCCCUACAACGUUCCUCUCCCCACUCAGUUAGAGUGGUUAAAAUCCCACUUACAAUCCACUUGUGGGACCCAUUGUAAACCAACUCUAAGGAACUCUCUCAUAGUAUUGGGGGAGUUCGGUGGGGUCGAUUACUGGAAUUCUUUCUCACAAAAUAAAGCUGAAAAUGAGAUCCGUACAUACGUUCCUUUUAUUAUUGACGGCAUUCUGAAUGCCGUCAGAGAGUUGAUCCAGUUAGGGUCGACUCGCAUUUUGGUUCCGGGGGUCUUCCCUUUCGGGUGUCUAUCCGCGUACCUAACUAGAUUUCCUAACACAAAUCCAAAUGCUUACGAUCAAUAUGGUUGUUUGAGAUCUUAUAAUCGUUUCGCUACGUACCAUAAUAUUGAGCUAAAAAGAGCUUUAGAAAAUAUACAAUGUGAGUUCCCACAUAUUAAUAUUGUCUAUGGGGAUUAUUACGGUGCGUUCAGGACUAUUUUUCGAUUUGCACCUUGGUUGGGAUUUAACCCUAGCACGUUGGUCUCCACGUGUUGUGGGGGUGGUGGACGAUAUAAUUUCAAUUUUAGCGCUGGAUGUGGGUCACCAAGUGUCAGCGCAUGUCCUAAUCCAGCGCAAUACGUCAACUGGGAUGGGCUUCAUCUGACAGAUGAAGCCUAUCGACGUAUUUCUAACAUUAUUAUAAACAAUAUGCUUCCAAAAUUUGGGUGUUAUGGCUUUGGAGAUUCGAGUGUAUUGUCUAGUUAUUGAUUUUUGAAGAUUUUUAUGCAAUUUGUGUUGUUGUUAUUGUAUUUCAUGAUUUUCUUUGUAAGUUAUUUUGGGUUUGUUGAUUUUGAGAUGUAUCUUUUUGGAAAUAAAAAUGAAUAAAAGAAUAAUUGUUGUUGUGUUGAGAAGUAUGAGGUCUUAAAUUCAAAUUUCAGCAGCAACGGAAAACAGUAGGUGAUUUUUUUCUAUCUACUCUAACCUAGUAGCCUUGGUGAACUGGUUACGUACCUGAACCCAUUGCUGCUGGGAGAUAAAUGAUAUCUCGUGAAAUUGAUCGAGAUGCCGAAGCCCGAAUUAAUUUUCACACAUGAUCAUAAUUGAACUUUAUCCACUAUAUAUAAAAAUAAAAAAAUAAGUUCAUCCUAGUUGCUCCUCUUCAGAAGAAGAACAGAUCAUAAUAUGGUGCGGAAAAACCAAAAUCGAUAUGAAUAUGGAGAUGUCUCUAGCACUGCACACAUAAAAGUAAUUUAGCUUCACUAAAUCUAUUUAUAUUUUAAUAUAUAUUAAAUAAAAAGCAAUUUUAUUUACAUAUAUAAAAACAAAAGAAAAUUUUUUAUUGCAAAUAAUAGUUAAAUUCUUGUUGUUCAAAGGUAAUAAUUGAUCCACUAUAAACUGAAGGCCAUAAAACUAAACUUUAUAGUAUUAAAGUAGCUGAAAUUUACCUGCUAUAACAGUCAAAAUCAUAAAAUAUGAGUUGGGUAAACCUCUAUUAUUUUCUUAAUAACUCAAAUUCCUCAUAAAGCACUGAGCUAAAUUGUCUAUGACAUGACAAAUGUAGAGAAAGUGGAAGAACAACAGGUGUUUUUUUCUCAUCUAUCCAGGUUUGUUUUAACAAAAUUACCCGAUACGUGUUCUGAUGGGAGGUACCAGGACCCCAUGAAAUUAGUCUUGGUGGCCAAACACUAAUGGCAUAACAUGAAGUGAUGAAGAUGUUUGUUGAUGUUCAUCUAAUUACCACAGCAUAUUAAUGGUUGCAAAAAAAUAUGCACAAAUGAUGAAUAGAUGACCAUCAACAAACAACUACAUAACUACAUAAAUUUGAGAAUCUAUCUAUGCGCAAUGCGAAAGGGAGCCUUGGAGUAACUAGUCAAGUUACUGACAUGUGAUCAGAAGGUCACGGUAAGACUGCUUACAAUAGACCCUUAUGAUCGGACUCUUUCCUGAACCAUGCACAUAGCAGGAGCUUUAGUGCACCGACCUUCCAUAAUAUUGUAAGAAGAAACUAAGAAGAUAGCAAAUUGACAAUGCUUUGUUGUAAGUUGCAAGGCUAAUAAUAUAUGCUAAGAAUAUCCAUAUUCUAUGAGAAGUAUAUGCCUUAAGAAUAUACCUUGUUGUCUAUAAAUUUUGAGUUUCUCUCACUGGUGGUUGGGUAUGAAUUAUGAGUACUUUUUUCCUAUUAUUCACAUUUUCAAUGUUGAAAGGGAGAGGGAGAUAUUUAAUCAAGUCGUAUCGAAAGGUCGUAGCCUAGCUGUCAAUAUAACGAAGCGAGUGAAAAUCAUGAGUAAUCAUAGUUUAAAUCUUAAUCGAAACCAAAAAAAAAAAGCAUGAUUUCUUCCAAUGUGACUAACAUCAUUGGACAAAGUGAUUUGUAUACAUGUAGUAGG